AUGCAAUUCUGCAAUCUGAGCCUUUCUGAGGUGUUCACUUUAGAUCGCACACGACGGGUGUUGAGAUAUAACCAAAGAUACCCUGAAUACUUAGAGGCCUACCAGAAGGCAAGGGAGGAAGGAACACGGGAGGUCUACCAUACUCGAGUUAUGAUCGUUGGGCAAUACGGAGUGGGGAAAACUAGCCUGAAGAAGCGUCUCUUGGAUGAAGGUUUUACUAAAGAUUACAAUUCGACAGAUGGUAUACAGGUUGACCCAUCAGCUUGUUAUAUUGACAUCAGCAAUUCAGUCAUAUGGAAAACUAAAGCAAAAGGGUUCACAUUGAAGGAAGAUACCGAUAACCCCCAGGAUGUAUAUGACAGUGAAGUUGCCAAGAAAUUAUUGCAUGCUGUCAAAGACAGAACAUCUGGGAAACAUGUUAGAGAUAGCAGUACAGGUGCUACUUGUACUAUUCCUCCAGAUCGCAUACCAGAUACAAUAAAAAGCAAGUUUUUUAGUUUAGAAGAUGGUAAAAAUCAGGAGGAAAAGCAGCUGAAAUUAUCCUUUUGGGACUUUGGUGGACAACACGUUUUCUACACAACGCACCAAACGUUCUUAACGGACAGAGCCAUCUAUCUGUUGGUUGUAGAUCUGACUAAGGACCUAGAUGAGAAAGUUGAUACAAUUAGACAAUCACGCCGUGGACCAAAACCUGAUAGUGCUGCCCCUGAGAAGGUCAAAGACUACCUUGAUUACUGGUUGAAUUCAAUCCACACUCAUGCUGGGAAGUCAUCUCCUGAAACCCAAUCACUGAGCCCCCCUGUCAUCAUAGUCGGGACACAUAAAGAUGCUGUGACUGACCAGUACAUAGACGACUAUUUUCACAAGAUUGUAAAUAGCCUACAUGACAAGGUCUACUUUCAUCACGUUCACAAAACAUACAUUGCAGUUGAUAACAAAUCCGAUGACGACCAUGAGUUGAACAAACUCAAGGAGACAAUCGUGCAGCUAGCAGAAGGUCAAAGAUUCUGGGGGCAGGAAGUACCUAUUAAAUGGUUGCUUCUUGAGAAAAAUCUUCGUGGAUUAAAAACAAAAUCCCAAGAUCGAGAGCCAGUGCAUUUUCUUAAGUUUGAAGAUGUCAAAGCAAUUGGUUUUAAAGAACGAAUGGACGAGGCAUCAGUUGUAGCUUGUCUACAAUUUUAUCACUCAGUUGGAGACAUGAUUUUUUUCAAUGAAAUCGACCUCCGUAAUCUAGUAAUCCUUGAUCCUCAGUGGCUAAUCGAUGUAUUCAAGAGUAUUAUAACAGUUCCCGAGUUCCAUCGAGACUCGAGAGGUCGGAACAUCUUUGGCAGCAUCGUCUGGGAGAAACUGGACAAAGAUGGUGUGCUUCAGGAAGAAUUUAUUGAAACCGUGUGGAAGAAGCUUUACGCUGAUAUAUCGAUUCAUAGCGACGUAAUGAUCGAACUCAUGCAGCGUUUUGACUUGAUCUGUCCAUUUGAAAAUAACCAGGAAUGUAAUCAAGGGAAAAGACUAUUCUUUGUGCCUUGUUUGCUUCCCAAGCCAGAGCCCGGUGAUUUCAUUAGAGACAAACCAUUAGUUGGUGGCACGCUUUUCUACAAAUUCACCUUUCUCCCCAAAGGGCUCUUUCAUAGGCUAGUCGCCAAAAUCUGCCUGAAAAAUAUAUGGCCUUUAUAUGGCGCUGUGUUCUUUGAUUACGCUAGGUUUGAAGUUGGUGAUGGAUGUUGUGUAUUAACACUUUUAGCUGAGGACAAUCACCUAGAGUUGAAAAUCCACCAAACAUUGGAAGAAAGAACGGAUCGGGGGGACAACCUUAUGGGCAUCAAAAUCCGUGAGGAAAUCGAGGUAAUACUGAUGACAACCAUAAAGAACUAUUGUCCAAAUGUCGACCCUGAGAUAUCUGUAAGGUGCAUAUGUCCGAAUGUGGAAGAGGAAAAGCGAACUUUAGUGCCUAUUUCAGAAAAGGAUAUUAAUCGUGGUCACAAACAAUGUAAAUCUCACCACCAUUCGAUAAAACUGGAUCAAUAUAAAUUAUGGUAUAGCACUGCACACACGGCUGAAACAAAAUCAGCAAAUACCAAGUCAGGCGAAAAGACAACAAAGCAAAACCGGGGUAAAUCAGCUGCUGGGAGUUCUGACCCCGAGGGUUCUAAUCUAGAAGAUACGGACAGUGGAGAAAAUAUAGAUGAUGAACACAUUCAUGUCCACACGGCUACUGCAGAGUUCUUUGAGAAAUGGUCUAAAGAUGAGGAAAUUUAUACCAAUGCCUCAAUGCCAAGAGGGCGCUGUUUAAUAAUAAACAACUAUGCCUUUGAACCAAAAAUGCGGAAUCGUGAUGGCACAGAGCAUGACGUAAAGAGACUUAAGCAACUAUUCGAAAGAUUUGAGUAUACAGUAGUUGUGAAGAAUGAUCUUACUGCUGGAAAGAUAAGGGAAACAUUAACUGAGGAAAGUAGUCGAGAUCAUGCUGACUCUUUCGUUCUGGUGAUUCUGUCUCAUGGUACUGUAGAUGCCGUCUAUGGUGUAGAUAAAGAAAAAGUACCAUAUAAGGAGAUUUACAACUUCUUCAACGGAGAGAACUGCAAAAAACUAGCUGGAAAACCUAAAAUUAUUAUCAUCCAAGCGUGUCAAGGCAAAAAGAAGGAUAGUGGAGUUGUUACUGAUGGCGAAGAAGAUGAGAAUGAUGAUAAUGUAGAUGUGUCUUCGAUUGCGUCUUUCAAAUCACUUGAUUUAUCGGAUGAUUCCACGGCACAUACAGACGAUGAAGAGGAAGACAGCCCCGGUGAUACAUCUCCAAUCAUGGCAGACUUUUUCAUAGCAAGCGCUACAACACAAGAUUAUGUGUCAUGGCGGGUUACAGAUUCAGGAACUUGGUUUAUUCGGGCUUUGGUGAAAAUCUUUAGAAAGCAUGCGGGCACAAAAGACAUCCUUAGAAUGUCAACUAUGAUCAACAAACUCGUGGCAACAAAAACCACUAGAAGUGGUAAGAAACAAAUGCCAACGUUCAACAAUCAACUGACAAAGACUUUUUAUUUCUUCCCCGGACAUGGAUGCAAGGAAUAGCUGAAAUAUAGGCUACGCAUUUACGAGUUACUUACAGUCUUUCAGCUGAGCAAGCAUGAAUGAACAUAUUAUGUAGAUGUGAACAUUGAUAAGUUAAAGGAUAUUAAAAUGGCCUAUAAUGAUUUUUAUCUUUGAUGGGCCGCUCAUGAUCAGUAAAAUAACGAUUCCUCUGCACAACGGUGUCUAAUCAAGAUCAUUCGAUUACCUAUGUCAGUCCUCCAAGACUGCCACCAAAGCGAACAUCAGUUUUGACCUCGUGAUCUACGUUCCUUGCACUCGAACCAC